UGAUGCAUCCCACGAUGUUUUGUAAAGAAAAAGUAUAUCAUCUACUCACAUUUCUGGGUGCCUUUUUUCAUUUGACAGUUGCAGAUGAGCAGAUACGAAUAGCAACAACCUCUGAUACCAACCUUAUUUUUGGAAAUUCACUUUUUAUGGAGGUUUUAGAACCGGAGGACAUCAGAUUUUUAUUUAAAAUAAGACCUGCCAAAAAUUUUGGAAGAGUUUUUGACAGAAAAUACACAAGGAUGCCAUUGAUAUUAGGAAGUCCUUACAACGGGUGUAGCCAGUUAGAUAAUUAUGAGAUUGUGAAAGAUAGGAUUGUGAUGCUUAAGAGAGGGGAAUGUUCAUUUGUCACCAAAACUUUUCAUGCCCAAAAUGCUGGAGCUGUGGCAACUAUUAUAACAGACAAUGAUAAAGAUAAUGAUGACAGUACAGUAGAUAUGAUAAAAGAUGACACUGACAGGGAGGUGGAUAUACCGGCAUUAUUCCUGCUGGGUAAAGAUGGAUACAUGAUACAACGGUCUAUAGAGAGAUACGGUCUGUUGGGAGCCAUCAUCAAUAUCCCUGUCAACUUAACCGGAGUGCCAAUCAAUACUGUCAACAAACCACCUUGGACAUUAUGGUGAUGCUGCUGUUUAUAUUAUAUUGGUUAUAUGAGAUACAGAGUUGCAAUACAAAACAGACUGAAGAAGUUAACUUGUUAUUUGAUAGGGUAGGUCAAACAAGUAGAUCACUGAAGUUUGAUUUAUGUACUAAGGGAGAUAACCGUAACUUUUCAUACCAUGAAAGAUUUACUUCAUUGUGUGAAAAGAAAACAUAUUUUCUGUGCAAAUUAUAUGAAUCCCUAAUUUUUGUAAACAAUGUAAAUGAAGUAGUUGUUUAUCAGAAGCUUGUUGUCAUGACAUCAUUUGUAAAAAAUUAAUAUGGUUAGUUUUGUUUAUUGUUAAAAAGAUGCAAAAACAACAUGAACACAUUGCCUUUCUGUUGACAGUGGCAUCUAUGUGACAGAUGUGUUGGCACAGUCACCUAAAAAGUAUAAGUACCAUAUCAACCAAAUUCAGUAUAAAGUUACAUGUAGAUUAUAGGUUGUACAACUUGAAUUAGGACAAAAUCAUAGACUUUAUUACUUUGGUUUAUUUUUAGGUAUGAAUACAAACAAAUUUGGGUAGAUUUUGGAAUUGGCAAUUACACUGUAAUACUUUUCUUAUUUAUAUAUCAAUUUAUAUACAGCUUCAAUUUACAGUGUUGUGUAACAUGAGAAACUCCGACUCAUUCAAUCAACAUAUUUUUUCUGAAAUGUUCUUUCACACAAAAAAGUAACUUAUGUUAUAGAAUAUUUUUUUCAAUAAAAGUGCACGCUUUGAUAACAUUUGUGUUAUAGUUGACAGGCUUAACUCCUUUUCUUCUGAAAUAAAUAUGGUAUAAUUACCUCAUGUAUCAACUUCAAUCGUUUUUAUAGAAUGAAGACAAGAUUUCAAAAGUGUCAACCUAGAGGGAAUAACCUUUGGAUACAUAUUUAAAUUUAAAUGGCAUCCUUUUUUUCGAAUUUAUUUCGUUAAGUAGGCUAUAUUGCUCCCAGCAUCUGCAAUAUAUUUCUUAUCCUGUGAUCAAUAUAUGACAUGAGUCUGCUUAUACAAAAGGAGAUCAUUUUCUGAUUAUAAUUCAUCAUUACAUCAGUGUAUAUACAUAAUAUAUAUAAUUUUAGUUUUACCUAAUUGAAAUUAUUUUAGCUAAUUACCUAAUACAGUUUUCUGUCUUUUGGGAUUGGUUAUGUAAAUACUGUUUUUAUGGAUCACUGCAUUAAAUGCACCUUAUAAGAAAUGGAUGUUAGUUUAUAUUUUUUUUGUGAGUUGAAGGUUGAUGUCUGAAUCAGUUUGCUGUCAAUGCAACAUGCUCUUAGUGUUACUAUCACAUGUUGAUAAUUACCAUCAGAUUACCAUGGAAACAGCCUUAAUUUGACCGCCUUACACGGUUUCCUGGUUAAAUAGUACAGCAAACUGUUGUUGAAGUUUUGUGAAAUGAGUGGUAUUUUAUGUUUUACCAGAGUUAGCUCCUCUUCCACUAGUACAUGUAAUUGUAAUGAUAUAUAUGUGUUGAAAAUAGUUUGUAAUUUUAAAACUUUAUGAUAUUUGUCACACAUUUAUGUAAAUUGAUAUGAUUGAAAGAUUAUAUUUUGGACUUUUGAUCAAAGUUUCAGGGAUUACAUUAGGUAUUGUAAAGUUAGUUUGUCUGACUCUGAUCGUCAGUGUCUUGAAAAUCAAUCUACAGCUAAAAUGUAUAGACAAUCUGUUCCUUAUUUUCAUAACCAAGUUUAGAAACAACAAAUAGAUGUCUUUGUUUUGAUGGUGAAAGUUUGCUGUGUUAUGGUCAAUGUUAUGAAUACAGUUCUGCAUAAGGAAUCUUUGUUUUAAUAGAUUAAUUUAGGUAAUUUCUUGUGCAUAGUAAGAAUAAUAAUGAAAAUGUUGAUGUUAGGACUCUGUGUAGGAUUUUUUGUUACAUGUACAUUAAAUAUUAUACAUUUGUUGUCUGGGUUUGAGGUGUUACAUGUGUUAUGUUAACUGAAAAUCCAGUCUGCAAAUGUUUUGUUAAACCUUCUACCGUUUAUAUCUAAGAAAACAGUUCUGUCCAUGCUUAAUGGCGGCAUUUGUCAUGUAACAGCCAGGAAGUACUCAACAGUGAUGAGCUGUGACGUAAGCAGUCAACAUCGAGAUGUUGAUCGGUAACCAUUGUUCUGGGGCAAACAUUUAGAAUUUCAGACUAAAUUCACUAUAGAAAAGUAUAGAGAAUGCAUAGUAAAGGUUUAACAAACUCCUCUUUGAUAUAAUUAUUAUUUAUUGAUUUUAGCAGUUAAUGCUGUGGUAACAUUUGCGAGGCCAUGUUGGAGAGUUUCCCUGCAUUGUUAAGUAAAUGAAGACUGAUGUUGAAUGUAAUAAGAGCAUUAGUUUGUGUUGCGAUUCAUUCAUGACUGGUGAUUAGUUUUCAUGUUUAUGUAAAUCUUCUGACUUUUUUUUAAUUACACAAGGAGCAGUAUGGAAGAUAUUGUUUAUUAAACACGAUUAUUUAUAGUUAUUCAUUGAAUAUAUUUCAUGUUCUUAAUAACAGAAAAUCUUGACAAAAAAAUGUGUUGCAUUAUCUGAUUAAGCCUGGAUAUAUUUUUCAUUCUUUGUCAUGGUUUACUCUUAUUGGUGUUUGGAAGAUUUGAUAUCCAGGGUGAUGGGUAUGAUGUCAUCAAAAAUGUGAAAACUCAAAAGUGAAAUCCUUAUGUGUUGUAUCAAUACUUAUUCUGUAAAUGAAGAGACUGUUGGAUAAUUACGUUGAUAUAUAUAUAUGCUUCCAACAUUCUGUUUUUGUGAUUUGCGUGAUAUCAAGGUGAAAGUUACUUGACAAAAUGUGUUCCUAUAGAGUGGUCCAUAGAUAAUUUAAAUUCAACCUUUCCCUGCUAACAUUGACCCACAUUAUGUGUUUUUAGGACUGCCAAAUAUCAGUAGUCAUACAGAGUUAUGCCCCUUUAUAAACAGCAAUAGACAUAGAUGUAUUAUUAGUUAUAUCAAUACAAAUGUCUAAUUUGCUCCCUAAAAGCAUUUCUAGAUCCAGAAUUGAAAUUUAUGGACUGGUGAGUAUAAAUAGCAUUGUAGAAAUCUUUUUCCCAGUAUUUUGUCCAGACUUUGAGUUUUACCAGACAAUCACUGUCUGGAUUAUCACAGGUCCACUGUAUAAAUACACAGCCUUCUGUUGUAAGGCCUGUAUCAGUCAUUGUGUUCUGCCCUUACAUUUUCAACAUAUGUACUAUACAGGUAACAGGAGUAUAUGCAAACUAUGUUAAGAUGCAAAUUUUACAUAAGAUAUUUUUACAUGCAUACAUAUUAAAGAAUUGUAUAGAAUAGAAUAAAGAUACAUUGUCACAGUGUAGCUGUAGUAAUGAUAGAUAUUGAUAUAAACAUUGGUUGUAGUAAUUUAAAUUUUACUCUUUAUUACAAUAACAUGUUCCCUCUGGCAUUAUUGUCUUUGAAGUAAUUACACAAGUCAUUACUACACUCUGAUAAAGUCCAACCUGGUUAUCUCGAACUUGUAUAAAUCAAAGACCCUGUUUAAAUGAAAGCAUUCUGUUCAUCCCUGCGAAACUUUAAACAAAAUAUUGGAACUCACCUACAUCAAAUACUUGGAUAUCUUGAAGUUUUCCCAUGGUCCAGUCAGGUUCGAGAUAACAAGGUUUGACUGUAUCAUCACACUAAUAUUAUUAGAGUGUGGGUUUGGCUAAUGUAAAUGCUGUAUUACAUGCACUUGUUUUGUUUUAGAAUAUUUUGUUGUGACGAAGGGACUGGGCACAAGUUUUUAAACUUUUUUGAAGCCCUUGUCCAUGCAAUUGUCUGGUUACGUAGUCCACAACGAGGUAUAGUUUAACAUGCACAAACACUUUUCUUACAGGUAUUUAUACAAAUUUAAGGUUCGGGAUAUGUUGUGAUUUUGGACGAAUACAUUCAGGUGUUCUCUGUAUGCUUCCAUGGUUUUAAGGAAAGUUGAAAAGUGCCUAAUAUAUCACUCCUAGACAUUUAUUUAUAGAGACAAUAUUUAUGUAUAUAUUUGAUUUUUUAGUUUAGGGUUGCCUGAAGCUAAACUACAAAGUAAACUUUAUUUAAAAAUCAGGUGUCCUUCACUAGUAGCUCCAUAGCCUGGGAUCAAUUUGUUACUGCCAACACAACACAACUGUAUGGUUAACACUGCCACAGUUUGAUAACUUAGACAACUUUGCCAAUUUAAAUCUAUAAGGUUUUUUUUAACCUGUCAGCUUACACUAUUAAGUAGUAUUUUAAUUUUUGUCAGUAGAAAUCUUUUCUUUGGUAACCACAAAACUUGCUUUCAGCUAUAUUGGUACAUGCUGUUCAUUGUUAACAACACUGUAAAGCAUGUUUAGUUGUGAUUUAUUGCUCAAAAAGGAAAUCCAUUUGAAUAUCCCUUGUAUUCUUUUGUUUAUUGAGAUGAUCAGGGAAUUGUGAUAUAAGCAUUAUAUAUAUAGUUUUGUACCAGUUUUGUGAAAAGAAAAAAUUAUUUGUAACCAAUAAAGGUUAUGAUAUUGUGCUAACAGUUAAAAUCAAGGCUAGAUAUACAUGAUAUUUGUGUUCUAAUUAUAAUUACACUUAAACUUCCUCGAUAAUUUUUACAUAUCUUAUCCAGUGCUAGUGUAAUUACAACCGUUGUACAUAAUUUUUAUUUUGACCACAUGUAUAAUAACACCUAGUGGAGGUUUGAUUGGUUGAAAGUUUGGUUAUUUUAAUUGUAAUAUCAUAAUUAACUUCACGACAACAAAUUUAUAAUGAUAUCAUAAAAAAUAAAUAGCAGUGAUAUUGCCUUUUUGGAAUUUACAUCUGCUAAUAAAUUACUGGUUUUAUGAAUAGUUGCAAAAUUAUCUAUGUUCUGUGAUAAACAGAAUAAACAAAAUCUUACAUCUAUUUUCAUUUCAUUUGAGUUUUAUGAAAUUUGUCACAUUUGUUUUACCUGAUAAAGUAGAAAUUCCCUGAUUUGCUUUAAUUAAUCUGAUAAGAAAUGUCAAGACAGGGUAUAUAUUCUGGUCUUAGGACAGAGUUUGUUUUCUUGUCUUAAGACAGAGUCUAGAUUCUUGUCUUCAGACAGUCUAUAUUCUUGCCUUCAGACAGAAUUUAGAUUAUUGUCUUCAGACAGUGUCUAUAUUCUUGUCCUAAGACAGUGUCUAUAUUCUUGUCUAAAAAAUCAAUAUUCUUAUCUAUCCCUUUUUUUUUUUUCGUUUGUGUGAUUUUACCGUUAAUGAUGUUUUGCAGCAUUUUUGAAAGUAUUUAAAAAAGUGUUGCCAUAUUUUUUUUUCGACAGUUUUGACCUGAUGUUAACAGGCCAUAUUUACCUUCCAUAGGUAUGCAGGACCAAUGUCCUUGUGUAUAACUGUAAACCAAUAUUUAUUACACUUUUAUAUCCAUCUAAAUCUGUGGAGGCAUUAUAAAGUCAUCUUGUGUAUUUCCAGUAUAAAUAUGCCGGUGAGGCUUGACAAAAAUAGGGAUAAUUAAAUUCAUAUUGUUGUCCAGUAUCUCAGCUGAUUAUUACUGCUACCUAAAUAUUGUUAGACAAGGGGAAAGAUCAAACAAAAUUAAAACAACCUGGGGGUGGGGGUGGUUUCAUUCACCUGUAAACUUAAAGAAGUUUGAAGUUUGUUUUGAACAUUUAUCCAGAUCAAAAUGGUUUAAUAUGGCAGUGAAAAAGAUCAGGUUUAAUUUGAAACAAAAUGAAAAAAUAAAAUGAAUUAUAUGAUUGAUGACUCAGAAUGCUACAGCGGGAAUAUAAAUUAAUUUUCAAGAUAAAAAAUUGAAAUUCCUGUAGAUGUUAAUUAGUGAGGCAAUAAACAUCAUGUUUAUUCUAUUAGGUAUUAAAUUUAAACAAUUUAUUGAUAAAUUAUUUUUGCUUAAAUUUGCAAAAGAUUGGUUAACAAGUAAAUUGGAUAAUUUUUACAGAACUAAUUGUGAAUUAUUGAAAGUGAAAUAUGUCACAUUUUGACCGCAGUUGAGUGUUUUGUUAAAGCAUGCUUGGGUUCAUCCAGAAAGUUUGUUUCAUUUGAAAUUUGUUGUUGACACUAUCUAUGCACCAAGACUAAAAAGUCUA